AUGGCUACUGGUGGAGUGCUGCUCUCCGUAGAAUUUGAGGUUAUCGGCAAAGUACAAGGUGUUUUCUUUCGCAAGUACACACAGAAGAAUGCGACAAAGCGGGGACUUGUAGGCUUUGUUCAAAAUACGCAUCGUGGCUCGGUUGAGGGCAAAAUGCAAGGCCCAGAGAAGGAGCUCAAGGACAUGAAAAGAUGGCUGAAGAAAACAGGAAGUCCUCAGUCAAGAAUUGAUAGAUGCAUUUUCAAAGAUGAACAAACGAUAACACAGAAGCAAUAUAAAAGUUUCGAAAUCAUUAAGUAGACAUGAUUUUGGACAUCAUAAUUUACGUGGUGGAUUAUUAUUGAGAUCAAACAUACCAGACUGCAGAUUGUUGAGUUGGCUUACAACAUAGAUACUCUGAAAAGUGUUCAAGAUACUAUCAUAUAAUGGUGUUAACCAAUGUCUCUUGUUACAAAGGACUUUUGACCAGCCGGUGAUAACAUGAUGUUGUAAAAGUAGGGAAGUAUAUAUGUUGAAGCAAUAUUAGAUCUGUAUCUAUUUUA